CAAAAAAAAGCCGUAAAUAUUGAAACUCAAUAUGUUUCUCGACCUCCUUCAUGCCUUCAGUCGCCGUGUGUUUCGCCCUCUUGCCGUCGUUUCCGUCCCGACCGCAAAGUAGUGACCUUUCUCCAUAGCUCGUACUACCUUUCGUGUACAGAGCCUAAAAAAACUACAGAAAAACACAUGUCUAAACAAUCUUUGGCUUCCCUCCUUCGCUUAGCGUUACUCGAUCUCUCAGCCGCCUCCCUGCUCUCCUCUCACAUCUGUGUAUCUGUACUGUUCUUUCCUUCGCGAUAGCAGUCCGAGUCCUUCCCUUUCCUCUCCUCCUCUCGCCUGACAUACUGCCACGGCCCCCUCGUUGCGGACUGUGUGUACACCGAUAUCGGCCUGCUUCCUCUGCUGACUUUUUGAGAACUCCGCUUUCUUGUUUCCACGUCCACGAUGAUUUUUUCCUUCUACAUCUUCCACCGUCACCAGUGCAUCUAUUCCGUUCUCCUGUCUUCGCGCGAGGAGGCUCCGGACGGGGCUGCCGCGGGCGACGCCUCGAGUGUCUGUACACCCGGGGCCGGCGCGACUCUCUUUCUGCCAACUGCUCCCGGCUCGGCAGCGAGUCCGGUCCUCUCUCGCCUCGGCGGAUCUUCCGACGGACUUCCUGCCGGAGGUGCUCAACCGGGUGUAUCUACACCUGCGCCUCUGAACCGGGGCCAGGAAGAGCGGCGUGGCGCCCCGAAGGCGUCUGGACGCGACGGGCGCCAGCAGCAGCACUCGGAGAAACUUCUGAGUGGCCUUCUCUUCUCCAUGAAGAAGUUCUGCGAGCAAAUUGGUCCGCAGCCCCAGCAGCCCGCGCCCCAAGCCUCGAGUGUCACUCCAGCCGGCCCCGGGAGCGCCGCGAGUCAGCUGCAGCAGCGGAGACCCUGCACCUCGAUUGGAGGGCCUUUCCACGCGUUCACGACUCCGGCGUACAAACUCCACUGCCUAGAAACUCCCACAGGCUACAAGUUCGUCUGCCUCACUUCGCCGGAUGUACCUACGCUCCGAGACAGUCUGCACCACAUAUACGUGGCAUUUUUUGUUGAAUUCGUCGUCAAGGCGCCCGGCUACCAACCCAGUCUCCCCGUCACGCAGCCGAUCUUCGUCAGCCAACUCGUUGCUUUUCUGAAGUCUCUCCCGUACUUCGCGUGAGAAGAAGAGGCGCCUCUGGGAUCGCGGCUUCGACUCCGUCACUCUCUCUCUCCGUCUUCUGUCCUUUUUAUCUCUUCUUAUCCCUACUUUCCUCUCUUUCUUCUUCAUCCUUCCCUCGACGGAUAAUGGGGUAUCUUCUCUUUCUUCUGCGACGCCGACCAGGUUUCGAGGAAGCCACGAGAUUUCUCAAGUGUCUCUCCGCG